UACAAAAGCUGAUACGGCUACAUUUCUGAGAAAAACAGAACAUCUCAUCAAAAACACGCACCUUCUGUCGUUUUCCCUACUCCGUCUAGCCACCUAACCUAGCUCAUGCAUUUUUCAAUUACGCGGCACGCCGUUGGUGCAUGCACACCCACUACACGUACACCUCCUUAAUUUGCGUGUCAGCCUCUGAUCUCCGUCGUCCCCACAAACUCAUUGCUACAAGGCACACGCGCCUCCUCCCCUCCUCUCUCUCUCUCUAUAUAUAUAUGGCUCAUCUGGUCUUCUCACCAUUCUCAUCAAAUUAACACACCCGCUAGCUAUGGCAAGACUUGUGAAGUCCUCAGCACCCCUGUUUGUUUUUCUCGUUCUCUAUACGCUUCUUGUGUCAGAAGUGAGUGGAAACGGCGGAAGGAUGGUAGGCGGGAGAGCCAAGGUGAAUGAUGUGAAGAAUAACAAGGAGAUUCAGGAGCUGGGAAGGUUCUCCGUGAAGGAGUUCAACAACCACAGGAGCACGUACGGGAAAGGUGGCGAAGUUGGAGAGCUGAUGUUCUCUGAAGUGGUGGAGGCACAGACGCAGGUGGUUUCUGGGCUCAAGUAUUAUUUAAAGAUUGAGGUAACCACACAGAGUGAAGAGAAGCUUGUGUUUGAUUCGGUGCUUGUGGUCAAACCUUGGCUUCGAUCCAAGGAGUUGCUUUCCUUUGAGCCUUCCAUUGGACUGAGGGUAAGAAAAUGAGAAACUGAAACGAAGAUAAUCAAGAUCUUGAGGUCUUCAAUUGUGAUAAUCAGCUGUAACAACAUGAGUUGAAGAGAUUAAGUAAUCUCUGUUGUCUUUGUUUUACGAGUCUAUGUAAUAACCAUGUUCAUAUAUGUUAACUGUGGGUGCUCAAGAAAUUUAUAUGAAUAAAUGAAAUAAUUAUUUAUA